AUGGCGCCCAAGUCCAGAGAUGGCGACACAAUCGCGUCAUUCAAUGGGAAGUGGGUGUCAUACACGCACACGGCUAUGGCCUAUGCUGCCUUCCUCGGUGCCCUCAUCGUUGGAAUGUGGCUGCAUUACCACAAGAUUGUCCAGAAUGAGAUUGCAGGCUACCCCGAGGAAUGGUUUCCUUCCGUCUCUGCCACCAUUGGCGACCGCUAUCCCGAGCGAUCCGUCUUCAUGCUCUUCAUCGCCCUCACCUCCGGUCCUCGGCUCGCCCUCGUGGGCCUCUGGUACAUCCUCACACGCCGACCAAACUCGACCCUCCCUAAACUCGUCGCUGGCGUGGGUAUCUUCCGAACACUGACCUGUGGAGGAUGGACAUACGUAACCUCGACUGACGACCAUGACUGGCACGACAUCUUCAUGAUCUCAUAUCUGGUGGCUACCCUGCCGUGGACCCUCGGCUGCUUCGCCCUGAGCCCUCGCAACCCCACCGCUAUCAAAUACAGGAAGCUCUUUGCCGGCUCCUUCUUCGCCACACUGGUGCCACUCGUUUACUUCUUCAUUCAACACAAAGUGCACCGCAUUCCUGGAGCCUACACCAUCUACGCCUUCUUCGAAUGGUCACUUGUUCUGCUCGAUGUAGCAUUCGACGCAGUCACCAUGAUUGAGUUUGCCAACUUUGAAAUCGUUGUGAAGGAUGUCCGAGGUGUAUCUCGCGGUGCUGGCAACAAAGCCAUUUCCGACGCCGUCCUUGAGAAAGAAAAGGACAAGGAGAUCGGCACUGUCUUCUCCGGUGCUUUUUCCUGGGCUGGCUUCCUCGAUGCGGCCGCCGAUGUUUACACGGGGUUUGUCUUCUGGUCCAUGCUGACUGCUCUUGGGGUGUGUGUCUGGUACUUCCCCCUCUGGCACAUGGGUAUCUCAGGCUACGAAGUCAUGGUCAUGAGCACCAUCUCUCCGUUCCUGCUCUGCGUACGAUCGCUCCGCUUCCUCAUUGUUCGCCAUGUCCGGAUUUGUCACCUGCUAUCGCUCUCCGGGCUACUCUCUUUCCUCGCCAAGUCCCCCGAAAACCGUCUCUUUUCAGCUGGCUUCGGUGUUUGGAUGGCUUGCCUGUCCUGGGCUGCAACCUUCUACGGAGAGAGAUCACAGCCUCAUCGGUUAGAGGCAAGGAUCUCGGCGUUUUCUCUUGGUUUGAUUGCGUCUAGCGUCGCCAAGUUCGCCUUCUACACAAACAACCCUAUCUGGCCAAUUAUGCAUGAGGCAAACGGUGGCUGGAACAAGACUGGCCUUGCUGUUGCUGUCAUUGCUAUCCUGUGGUCCACAAGGGGUACUGCUAGCUCUGGCGCUGACUUGCCCGCCCCUGGUCCUACCAAGGGUUCCUCCACCCUCUCCGCUUUCGGCCUUGCGGGCCUCUUCUUCGCUAUGCACUCCUUGUUGUCGGACUCCAGUACCAUGAUUUCGUGGGUGUGGGAAGGUUAUCCUGUCCGAGGCCCGCUUGCCGUUCCCCACGGUGCGGUCACUCUGCUGGCUAUGGGUCUCGGACUCAUAGUUGGUCUGUUUGCACCAAGCUUGUCACGCUCGUGGGCGUUCUACGGCGUAGGCUCCAUUGGCGCUGCCGUUUUGACCACUUCAAAGCACUGGACUGGAUACUAUGGAGCACUGAUCACGGCUGUCUACACAAUGGCUGUCGCUCCAGCCCUCAUUUCUCAGGCCGCUCGCCACUCCCCAGCUAAGACUUUCGGUCUCGGCUUCUUAGUCUACAACUUCAUGGUCCUUUUCCACGUUUGGGUCGUCGCCUACGCUUUUGUCCCUGGUGGUCAUCUCGUCCGUGAACGCACUGACUGGGUCAUGACCACCAUGAUGCUCCUCAUCGGCGCAGGUAUCUUCAGUCUUUCUGCUCAGCCACCUGCUCUGAAGAGCUACAAGGGCAAGCCUGCUGUUACUGCUGCUGCAAGCAGGCAGCGCUCGUACUACCUGUACGUCCUCGGCUUCCUCGAGCUUCUCGCUAUUGCAACCGCCUUCCUCCGCUUCCCAUCCUACGACUACAAACCUUACCAUCCCGAGACCAAGUCUAUCACAGCUGGCAUCUGGACAAUCCACUUUUCUCUCGACAACGACAUGUGGUCGUCCGAGUACCGCAUGCGCGACCUGAUCAAAGAGCUCGAAGUCGAUGUCAUUGGCCUCCUCGAAUCUGACCUCCAGCGCAUCAUCAUGGGCAACCGAGACAGCACCCAAUUCCUUGCUGAAGAUCUGGGUAUGUACGUCGACUUUGGUCCGGGUCCAAAUAAGCACACUUGGGGCUCGGCGCUGCUUUCCAAGUUCCCGAUCGUGAACUCAACGCACCAUCUCCUCCCUUCUCCUGUGGGCGAGCUAGCGCCCGCGAUCGAAGCCACCAUCGACGCGUACGGCACCCUCGUCGACAUCUUCGUCUUCCACUCGGGCCAGGAAGAAGAUCCGGAAGACCGCCGGCUGCAGAGCGAGUACCUGGCCGAGCGCAUGAAAGCCACGCCACGCCCGGCCAUCCUGCUCUCGUACCUGGUCAUUAAGCCGGGCGAGGGCAACUACAACACGUACGUCGGCGCUAAGAGCGACAUGAAGGAUAUCGACCCCACCGACUGGGACAGGUGGUGCGAGUACAUUCUGUACAAGGGCCUGAAGCGCACGGGAUACGCGCGGGUGAGCAGACACACAAUCACAGACACAGAGCUGCAGGUCGGCAAGUUCGUCGUCGACCAGCCCGAGAACGGACACGAGCUCAUCCACGAGAGCCAGGUCGCGCCGGGCCUCAGGUUCCCGGACUUGUUCAAGGGCGAGGGCGUAAGAGGCCACAGAUACCACGUGUUCAAUGAGCCGAGAUACUAUGCCUAG